AUGGCGCCACAGCAGAAUACCUUCGCUGUCAUCCCAGCCGCCCCCGGUCGCGUUGGCGGCGCCCCAAGCAAACCCCCGAUGACCUCGAAGCAGGCCCAGAAGCUCUACAAGCAAGCAAAUAAGGAGCCGCGACGGUCCAAGGCAGAACAGCGGAAAUGGGAAAAGGAGAGACAAGAGGAGAUCCGCAAGGAGCUGGAGAAGGAGCGCGCCGCAGUCAAGGCCAGGGCGGCGCGAGAGCGAAAGAAGGCCAAGGAGGAGGAAGCACGCGAGAACCGACGGAGGGCUGGACAGCCAUUAUACGAUUGCUCGAUUUGUGCGCGGGAAUGGCACGAGCCGGAAGAGAGACUCAUCAGGAGAACCGAUACCGAAAGACGAAGAGACUCCCGCAAGUUCACCCGAGAGCAAACCAAGGCCCCCGCCAGCAUCGCUGGCCGCGAAAACCGCGUCGUCCUCGUCGUCACUUCAGUCUGUGCCUUCUGA